AUGAGAUUCACAUUCAUCUCCUCAGCAGUCGCACUCGUCGCCUCAACCCUCCUCCUCAACGGCGCAGAGGCCCAACAACUCUGCAACGGCUACGCAGACCUCUGCGCAAAGACAUACGACCAAGUCGCUUACGCCACCACCCACAACGCCUUUGCCUAUACCCCUCCCGGCGCUCUGGCCGCCAACCAGGACAACGAUAUCCCCACACAGCUCAAGGACGGCAUCCGCGCUUUCAUGCUUGACGCCUAUACCUCCCCCUCGGGCGCUACUAAUGAUAUCGAGUUGUGCCAUUCUUACUGCAGCCUUCUCGAUGCGGGUCCAUUGUCUACAGUCCUUGGACAGUUCAAGACAUUCAUGGACCAGAACCCUAACGAGGUCAUCACGAUCUUCUGGGAGAACGCUGGCAAUCUCACACCCGCUCUCUUCCAGACUGUGUAUCAAGCCGCGGGAAUGACUCCUUACCUUUAUACCCAGGCAACAGGAAACACCACAUGGCCUACUCUCGCUAGCAUGAUUGCUAGCAAGAAGCGACUCCUGAACUUUGUCGACGGCGGUGCCGAUGCCAGCGUCCCAUGGUUGAUGGAAGAGUACAACUUCAUCUUUGAGACACCUUGGCAGAUCACCAAGGGAUCCGAAUACCCAUGCACCAUCGACCGUCCAAAGGACCAGGAGCGUGGAAUGUAUGUGAUGAACCACUUUAUUUCGGGUCAAGUGACAUUGGGCAACCAAACAAUCGACGUCCCUCAAUCAUCAAUUGCAGCACAGACAAACACAGCCGACCUGGCCUCGCACGCCAACAAAUGCACCCAAACCUUCAACAAGAUCCCCAACUUUGUUGCCGUCGACUUUUAUGAACAGGGAUCUCUCCUCCAAACUGUCGCCCAGUUGAACGGGGUCACCUGGAACGGUAAAGUUGCUACCCCUGCCGCUGGAACUAAAAGUAGCGCUGCCGCAGGAACGAUUGUUGGUGCUUCUUCUGUGGUUGCUAGUCUGGCAGCAGCAGCAGCAGUCUUUGCAUUGUAA